UGCCUUUUGGGUGGUCAUACAGUCAGAAGUGACGUUCUGCUUCAUCUGUGUCUGUAGUUCAGAAGGAAAGACUCAUGGCACGGAUUGCAGCCUCCGUGAUGUAAAAAGUGCAAGUUCUAACAGUGCAAACGUGUUCUAUUGAUGCCUAAGACAACAACACUUUCGUCCUUUUAUAGACACAGCCACAUGCAGCUGGCACUGUGAGGUGGUUAGUUAGCAUCACUGAGAAAAGCCCAAACAUGGAACUUUUUUGCUUGGAAAAGGACGCAAUCGUGCGAGCUCAGAGAGAUCCCAACAUCUUUUGCGAUGAAAGAGUAUUGCAAAGUCUUUUAACAGUGGAGGACAGAUAUGUUCCCCAGGGACCCUAUUUUAAAUGUGUCCAGAAGGAUAUUCAGCCUUUUAUGAGGCGGAUGGUCGCGACGUGGAUGUUAGAGGUUUGUGAAGAGGAGAAAUGUGAAGAGGAUGUCUUUCCCUUGGCUAUGAACUACCUGGACAGAUUUUUAGCUGCGGUUCCUACAAGAAAAUGUUAUCUGCAGCUUUUAGGGUCCGUGUGUCUCUUCCUGGCUUCAAAAUUAAAAGCAUGCCAACCACUGUCGGCCAGGAAGCUCUGCAUAUACACAGACAACUCCAUUACAUCUCAACAACUGCUGGAGUGGGAGUUGGUGGUUCUUAGUAAAUUGAAAUGGAACCUGGCGGCCAUCACCCCACUUGACUUUAUCGAACACAUCCUGCACAAACUGCCCUUUCCUGAAGACAGACUGACGCUGAUCCGCAAACACGCGCAAACCUUCAUCGCCCUCUGUGCAACAGAUCACAGCUUCACCAUGUACCCUCCCUCCAUGAUUGCUACAGGAUGUGUGGGGGCAGCAGUAUGUGGCCUGCAGCCUGACCAGAGCAACCAAAAUCUGUGGGGGGACAGUCUGACAGAGCUGCUGGCUAAAGUCACCCACACUGAGGUGGACUGUCUGAAGUCGUGUCAAGAGCAGAUCGAGCAGUUACUGACCAACAGCCUGAAAGAAAGUCAACAACAGCAUCAACAGCUACAGGAGGGAAGAGCCAGCAACAAAGGGACGCAAUCUCAAAACCUGUCCUGCACCCCUACAGAUGUCCGUGAUGUCAACUUAUGAUGUCGGUUCCUGUUCCCAUCCACCUCCUCAGCCUAGAAAAGAAUCAGUUAUUAUUGUUACUGUAUUUAAGUUUAGUUUCAAAGUCACAUUAGAUGGUCGUAUGCGCAUAACACAAGAACACAAGCUUGAUGUUUUAUAACGGAGCGUAACAGCUGCUGCUGCCGUCUCAUAUCCGCAGGCGGUGGUGUUUUACAUACUUGAAUUUAAUUGAAUUGGCCUCAAACCAUGAUUUAAUAAUGCAGUAUAUUGUAUAUCACUUAACAAAGACCAUACAUCUGUCUUGGCUAUCAAAUACAACUGUUUUAUAAUUAUUAUUAUAAUUUAUGUGGUUAUUUAAUAAUUAUAAUAAUACUACUACAAUAAUAUGAUGCUUUUCAUCUUACACAAAUGUAUUUGCUUAGUAAUUCCCAGAGGCCAUUUUUUAUAUAAUAUAGGAUACAUGUGAUCCCAUGGAAAUGCUACUUUACUGACUGGAUAGAAACAUCCAUCAGACCUUUCAGUGGGAUCUGCUUGCUUAUCACAGAGAUAUUAAUACAAAGAUCUGAUGAGUUACUUCUCAGGUAUAAGUAACUCUUAUUAUUGGGAUUAUUUACAGUGAAUGUUAUUGCAUGAAAUAAGCAUAUAUGAAUAUUUUAAAUGGUUUCUAUCCAUGCAUGGUGAUCGUCACAGCUUCAUGAGCUUGCAGGACAGUUUCAGAUGGACACUAAGCAUGUAGCAAAGCUGGAAUAAAGGUGAGGUAGGGAAGGAAGGAAAGAGGUGAAUCAAAGAAUACAGAUUGAAAGAUUUUGCACGUGAUUGAUAUAUGAACGCUUUUAGACAGGUGGUUACUGGAACGCUCUAUAAUGUUUGUAAUGAAUGAGCGUGAUGCUGUUUGCUCAUUUGUUUUAUUUGAACACCACUUAUGGGUCAGGGACACUCGUAAUGCUGGAGGGAUUGAAUCUUUGGGGAGUCUUGAAAUCCUUCUUAGCAAAGACAUGAUACAAAGGCACUUUCACAUAUCACCUCUCGCUGGUUAGCCAUGGUAUGGAGGGAAUACCAAUCAUUUCUAAGGUUUUUUUUUCUUUUGCAUUGUUUUUCUUAAGUUAUUUUUGUUUUGGGGCUGGUUUCCCAUAUUAGGUGUGCUUGCGGGUUAAAGUUUUAAAUUAAGACCAAUAAAUUUAGACCAAUCUACACUGAUCUAACAGUCAGCUGCCAAUAGAAAUGGUGAGGUUUGACAUGCCAAGAUUGGUUGCGUUUUACUUUAGUUGUGUGGAAUUCAUGUCAGCAUAGAUAGGACAUCAUCAAAUUUAAUUAACUCACUUUAUUUUAGUAGUCGAUUUUAUUUUAUUUUAUUUUCUCAAAAUAUCGGUCAUCUACUUGAACUUUUCUCAUAGUUAGGAAAAAGAUAUUUUGAAACAUUAUGCCAUUUUCUUUUCUCUUUCUUCCUUAGUUCUUGCACUUUUGAAAAUUUAUUGAGUUUUAGUUAUCGUUAUAUCAGUGGACCUAAUAGUAACUUGGUAGGUGUGAGAUGUUUGAGACGUUUACUUCAAAUAUAUUACAUGUGGUGCUGACACAAAUGUGCCAUUCCAACACAUCUAUGCAAAUAAACUCCAUGUUAUGAGUGUUUUUUUAAAAACAAUUUUAAUUUUCAAUGUUCAGACAUUUUCACACAUUUAAGUUUUGAGUGAGUUUGUGUGUUAUAUUAUAUCCUUAAGUUCAUUUUAUGUUCUUCACAUUCUUUUAUUUCUGUAUAAAUGUUUGAAUUUGUGUUCCAGUGCUGCUAAAAGAAAAAGAAAAAUGAAAAAAGAGCUAAUGCAUAUCUUAAUUUCAGUUUACAUGUUGCUGCUAUAUCAGAAUUAUUGAACGUGUUUUCAUGGUGGCUGCAUUUCUGUUUUCUGUUUGCAUUUACACUCAAUUAUUUUCACGCAUGAAGUGCCUUGGCGGUUACUGGCAGAUAUUUGCAUGAAGUCUUGCCUCAUUUGUGUUUAAUGUAAUCUAACUUGACUGUUGUCUGACUUCUUCUAGCUAUUAUUUUACUUUGUGAAAUGAAACGUCUUUCUUGUUUUCAAAUAUUGUUCCUGCCCACAGUCACAAUACCUCACAGUUCUUCAGUCAGAAGUUUAUAGAAGAGUAGUAGGAUUAAAAAGAGGCAUUGAAGCUACA